GUUAGCAGCUUUAGCGCACGGGGGCUAGGUUAGCUUGGAGCUACCUAGCCAUGCCCUAGUACAGUCCUCAUUUCAAUCCCCUUAAAAACAAGCUAAUUGUAAUGUAUCUAUUGGUGGGCUUGUGAUCAAGAGAACCACGAAGCACCAGCAACACUUGCAGUGGUACCACAAGAAGAUUAAUUCAAUUUUGAAAGCGCCUUGUGUGGCGACCGCCUUAAGAAGAGCAUUGCCGGCUGGGGCGUCGCUGUAAUGGUCGUACACGAUAUCCAGAAAAUAGCCUGGAUAAUUGUAUUGAAAUUACAUUAAAUAUGAGAUAAUUGCCGAUGACCGUGUAUUUAAAUGAGGUGAUGUGCCGUUGUCAUUAGUCAUACAUUCGCAUAUUAUGCAGCGAUCGCGUUAAUAUACGGUUGAUGGGGGUUGAGCGUUCUUUUUGAGGACAACAAAGCGAUGAUGCACGCAUAAAGAUAUCCUGAUCACAUGGGCUCCUAUAGUGUGCUGACCAAAUGGUUUAAUGACCAGGACUAAAAAUGAGCAUAAGCAGUGAUGAGGUUAAUUUCCUGGUUUACAGAUACCUGCAGGAGUCAGGCUUCUCGCACUCAGCAUUCACCUUUGGCAUAGAGAGCCACAUCAGCCAGUCCAACAUCAAUGGAGCCCUGGUGCCCCCUGCUGCCCUCAUCUCCAUCAUCCAGAAGGGCCUGCAGUAUGUGGAGGCUGAAGUCAGCAUCAACGAAGAUGGGACUUUAUUUGACGGGCGCCCCAUCGAGUCACUAUCUCUGAUCGAUGCUGUUAUGCCCGAUGUGGUCCAAACGAGGCAGCAGGCCUACAGGGACAAGUUGGCUCAGCAGCAACAGCAGGCGGCGGCAGGCAGCGGCGGCGGGAGCGGCACCGGGCCCCCGGGAAGCACCAAGAACGGAGAGGGUGCAGCCAACGGGGAGGAAAACGGAUCCCAUGCCUUAGCCAAUCACCACUCAGAGAUGAUGGAGGUGGAUCGGGAUGUGGAAAUACCCCAGAGUAAAGCCAUGGUCCUCAGAGGUCAUGAAUCAGAAGUUUUUAUCUGUGCCUGGAAUCCAGUCAAUGAUCUGCUGGCAUCUGGGUCUGGAGAUUCGACGGCUCGAAUCUGGAACCUGAGUGAGAACAGUUCAGGUGGGUCCACCCAGCUGGUUCUGAGGCACUGCAUACGGGAAGGAGGCCAGGACGUGCCGAGCAACAAAGACGUCACCUCACUAGACUGGAAUAGCGAGGGCACGCUCUUAGCAACAGGCUCCUACGACGGCUUUGCUAGGAUAUGGACAAAAGAUGGUAACCUGGCCAGUACUUUGGGUCAGCACAAAGGUCCCAUAUUUGCACUCAAGUGGAAUAAGAAAGGAAACUUCAUACUUAGUGCUGGGGUCGAUAAAACAACAAUUAUAUGGGACGCUCACACAGGAGAGGCAAAGCAGCAGUUUCCUUUCCACUCAGCGCCUGCUCUGGACGUUGACUGGCAGAGUAACAACACAUUUGCCUCCUGCAGUACAGACAUGUGCAUUCAUGUCUGUAAAUUGGGUCAGGACCGACCUGUCAAGACCUUCCAGGGACACACGAAUGAGGUCAACGCUAUCAAGUGGGACCCCACUGGCAGUUUGCUGGCCUCUUGCUCCGACGACAUGACUCUAAAGAUCUGGAGUAUGAAACAGGACAUGUGUGUCCAUGACCUUCAAGCCCACAGUAAAGAAAUUUACACCAUCAAGUGGAGCCCUACGGGGCCUGGGACCAACAACCCCAAUGCCAACCUGAUGCUGGCCAGUGCGUCGUUCGACUCAACGGUGCGCCUGUGGGACGUGGAGCGCGGGGUGUGCAUCCACACGCUGACUCGCCACCAGGAGCCCGUGUACAGCGUAGCCUUCAGUCCUGACGGCAGACACCUCGCCAGCGGCUCCUUCGACAAGUGUGUCCACAUCUGGAACACUCAGACCGGUGCUUUAGUCCACAGCUACAGAGGGACAGGAGGGAUCUUCGAGGUGUGCUGGAAUGCCACUGGGGAUAAAGUAGGAGCCAGCGCAUCGGAUGGAUCUGUUUGCGUAUUAGACCUGAGGAAAUGACACUCGUGCGGGGGAGCCAUGGACCGACUACGAAUGUGUACAUAGCCAAAAUGACUGACUGUCCCUGCCUGUCCCGCCACACUGCUGUAGUCCCCACCAGACGCCAUGGCCUGUCAUGACCGCCGAACGGAGUGCUGCCCCAUCCCCCGCCUUCCAACACUCAUUCGAGGACCACAUUUUCACAACAUCCGCUUUUGGCACGUGUGAGAGACUUUCAAGUGAAAGGCGUUGCUUUCUGUUCAACCCAGUUCAUAGCCCGCUAUAUGCACACCAAAAUACCAGAAUUCCUCUUUUUUUUUUUUGUACCCCCCCUUUGUUCCAGAAUUCUAAAGAUUUUUUUGUUGUUGGUUGUCGUUCUCUGUUGGUGUGUGCAUAUUGCAUAUGUCAGCAUUUGGUGUCCUGUGGACAUUGUUUUUAAAUUGGAUUUUACUGUAAGUUUUAUAUCAUGUGCUGGGGCAAAAGGAUGGAGAGUUUUUAUUUUUUUUAAUGGAUGCCCACUAUUCAGUAGGACAUCUCUUCUUGGCACUCUUCAAACAUGCAGAUGUAUAGACUACAAGGUACAUUGGUUUACGUGUUGCUUUUUUUUUUCCCCCCCUUCCCCCAUUCUAAGCAAAAUACGGUAUAACGCAAGUCAUCCAAACAAUCCAUAUAUCCUUUGUUUGCAUCUUUUGCCCCGAUUUUUUUUUUUUUCAGGUGUUCUCAAUUCAUCAGGUUCUAUGUCAAGCUGUAAAAGAAAGGAAAAAAAAAACUCAAGACUUAUCGUCUCUGUUCUUUAAGUUCGUCUCACGUCGUCGUCUUCUGGCAUCUGGCCUCUGCCUCUGUCAUAGUGAAGGACCGUGGCUGGGAUCUGAAGAGAGAGAGUGAAAGGGCGCGGUGGAGCUUUAACUCGCAUCCAUUCUAAUAGUCAUUAUACUUGCAUCCUCAAUUCAAGGCAAAGUAAUGCUGAGUGAUCAUCAAACUAAUCCUCUCUCAAUUGUGCACCGCAAGUUUCAAACUCGAUUCCAACUUUUGCCCAAAUCGUAUGUGAGCGGCUCUCUUGCUUUGAUCAAAUGCUCUGGAGACGGGCUUCGUUCGAGCCUAUGCACAGAUAGACGGCGCUUUUGUGUUUUGUUUGUUUUUAUCUCCUGUUGCCAGUCUGUUCUUGUUAAAAUGCAUCCAUGUGUGUGCCACUCUAGCACAUAGAGUGGAUUCAAGUCCAUUGUCAUGUUUGAAAUGCAAUGCGUGAUGUUCUCGAGCGUGACCAGGGGCCGUGACCAUGAAGAAUGUUUUUGUUUGUUUUUUUUUUUGUUUAGUUCUUUUUUUUAUGAUAAAAUACCAUUUAACAGUCAUUGGAAAGAUGAACUAGCUGCCCUUUGAAAGGGUUUUCUUUUCCUGCACUUUAGAAAAAAUGGAGAAACAGGGAGGUGUGUUUUGUUCAAGUUGAACACAUCUAAAGUAAAAAAAAAAAAAAACCAAUUAAAAAAGAGGAAAAAAACAGUGCAGUGUUCUAGUGAGAUUCAAGGGGUUUUAAUUACAUUUCGUCUGACUCAUAAAUGUUGAAACCAAUGUCUGCAUUCCAGGUGUCAUCUUACAGCCAUAACAUCAGCUCUGUACGAAUAUACAAAUACAUUGGAGGUUUGUCAGAGUGUUACCUGUUUGAAACGUUUUGUACUAUUUUGAAGUUUGCUUCAGUGGUGUCGAUGGUGACUGAGCUGUACUACAAAUACGUCAUUGCAAAAUGAGGUCCAUGACAGUGGAAUGGUAUUUUUUAAUGUUUGUUUUAGAUACGCUUUUUACACUGCAUUCAAGUGGUAGCUUUUUUUUUUGUUUGUUUUUUGUUCCUACCAAGAAAAAAAUAUAUAUAUACUAACGUUGAUUCUUCUAUCUUUGCUAUGUUUGAGAGCCCUUGAAGGUUUUGUAUUCCUCCAAACUUUUGUAAUUCAGAUUGAUUUGUAGCUAUGUACUCAAAAAUGAACAAAAAGAAAAAUCUGGAUAACUGUUGGUGUAUCACAGAAAAUGUAAAUAACAGUUUGCUUUUUUUUUUUGUGUGAUGUCUUUGCCCCCACUUGCGUUGUACUCUCUCACUCACCACAUGGUUGCAGUCUGACUGUUGGAAUAGCAGUCAGAUCUCAAGGUCUAGAAUAAAAUAUAUUUUGAUAA